UUUCUUUUCACCACUGCUCUCUGGUCAACAACUUCCGCAUUUGGCCUGAUUGAAAAGAGAGAAGAUGGUGCCAUCGCAAAUAACUUAACUCUGAUAAACGAACUGAUGGGUGCGCCGACGGCGGUGGAUCGUCAAGCACUCAUCCUUAACGACGCCGACUUUGCGUAUGACUUCCAAAAUCCACCCGCGGGUGCCCUUACUGUAGGGGCAGGCGGAACGACAGUGAAAGUGGAUCGAAAAGUAUUUCCUCCAUUGAUCGGAACUGGUGUUGCUAUGACCGUAGGCUUUAUUGGACCUUGCGGCUUCAAUACCCCCCAUGUUCACCCACGGUCUUCGGAAAUCAACAUUGUCGUUUCAGGCCGCCUUGGGACGGAAUACAUUCUUGAGAACGGCGCACGACCUAUUUUCAAUCUUCUAGACCAAUACCACAUGACCGUCUUCCCCAAGGGAGCAAUGCACGCAGAGUUCAACCCUGACUGCGACAACGCCGUUUUUGUCGCUGGGUUCGCUGAUGAAGACCCCGGUGUCCAGCAAUCAGCUCAAACUUUGCUAGGCUUUCGAACAGAUCUAGUGGAUGCUGUUUUGGGCGCUACUAAUACCACGAUUGAUGGCAAAGACAUUGAUACUUUCCGAGGAUUGGUUCCAAAGAAUGUCGCUGAUGGAGUUGAUUCUUGUUUGACCAAAUGCGGCAUCCAGCGAAAUCAGAAGAGAAGCUUCGUCGUGUUGUAAAAUCCUUCUUUUAGGAAUGGGAAAGUCAACCGUCCUAUCUCAAUAUUUUAUCAUUUUACCAAUCGUCCUAGAUUUUUCCUCAUUCUGCGGCUUCCAUUUGAUUUCUUUUUC